AUGGUGGAGUACGACAAAAUAAACAGGGAAAUACAGGAUUUCAUUGGAGGAAGAAAGAGUGUGUCACAGAAUGUGGUAGAGCCAAUAGCAGAAAAGAGUAGUAACCUACAGUACCUGCUGGAGUCUCUGCAGCAGACAUACAAUGAAAUAAACACAAGCCUGAAAUUGGAAAAUAAGGAGGGAGUUAGAGAUGCGAUACUAAAGAAUGAGAUACGCAUUAAUAUGGUGAAUGAGAGUUUGUUGGAGACACUGAGGAAGAGUGUGGUGGAGAAGAACAGGCUGCUGGAAGAGAAUCAGAGGUUGAACAGGGAGAAGUUGGAGGCAGAGCAAAAUAGUCAGAAAAAUAGGUUCUAUGCACAGAAACUAGAAAGUGACGUGGAAUUCAAGGUAUCAAAUGUGGCUGAAUUGAACAGAAUCAUUCAGGACCAGAAACAGAAGAUGGCUGAGUUGCACGUGAAUUCGGAGAAGCAGAAGAGGGAGGUGGAGAUGUCUCGGUUGAAGAUGGAGGAAAUGGAGCAGUUGAGAAACAGGGCAACUGAAAGAUACAGUUCAUACGACAAGGAGAUGGAGAUGCUGAAUAAGCUUGCGAAUGAGAGGGAAGAGGCACUGAAGAAGCUGCUGAAUGAGAAGAGGGAGGAAGAAAACAGGAAUUCAGCUGCUAAAAUCAAGGUUGUUGAAUAUGAGAGGAGACUGGAGAUGGUUGAGAAGAAGUUGGCUACGAAGGAGAAGAAUCUUGCAAUGUGCAAUUCGGAGUUAUCGAAGAUGCUGACUGAGAGCAAGAAGCACCUGGCAGAGAAUGAGAAGAAUCGCAACAGUGCCAAAUACUACGAGGGAAUCAACAGGAACCUGAAUGAGCAGAAUGCGUAUUUGAACAAACAGCUGAACAAAAUAAUUCAAAGUGAGAAAUACGCCAAGGAAGGAAUGGAUUUGACUGGGGUCUUUGAAAAGAAGAAAAAGAAGUACAGAAAGAGGAUUAAGAAGCAAAAGGUGCAAAUUAAGAAGAUGCAGGAAGAUGCAGACGACCUGAGAGAACGUCUGGAUGAUGAGUUAUGUAGGGUUGACAGUAGAGAUGAUACUGUGAGAUUGCACAAUAAAAUAGAACAGUUGACUAAGGCAAAUAGGGAAUUUAAGGCUAAAAUAGAAAAUAUGGCUAAAAAUGCAGAAAAAGAGAAAGAACGAAAAGAAACUAUCCCGUUAUACAAAACAAGGCAAAAUGAAAUAGCAGACAAGUUCUCAUUCAUCAAACAGACCAUAAACAGCCCAAUCAAAAGCAGAGUUAGUGGUGGAUACGGCUAUGCAGCCAUGAAGAAUGAUACGGCCACCAAGAAUAAAGUAGAAGCACCUUACGUUCCAAGAUACUACGGAAAGCAGUUUGAUACAGACAAAUUCAAGGACAGACUAAGCCAAUACGAUACAGUCACCCCACAACAGAAUCCACCUGUCUUGCCCACUGAGUACAAAAAUGAGCCAGGAUUUCUUGGUGGAUUCGAUGAGCCAAAACACACCCAGAAAAAUGACUAUGAUUUUGGUAGGGUAGGAAACAAUCUCGAUAUUGAUAAAUUGACAGAAAAGCUGUCGAUGUUGCACACUCUGGCGGAUAAGACUGAGCCAAAGAAGACAGACAUCUUCGACGUGGACUCAGGCGAGUCAAUCAGGUCGUUCCAUACGACAACGACUCUUCGUGAAAUGAUGGAUCGCACUGAUCGACUUCAGAAGAAGUUUGAGAAGUUGGAUGAUCAGCUGAACGAGGUCAAAGACGGAAAUACAAGCGAUAACCUGAGGAAGCAGAUGAAAAUGUACUACAAGGACAUAAACGUGGAAAAUGAGUCAGACAUAAUUUAG